CCCACACACACAUACAUUUGACCUUCAUUCACCUUCCAUGGCUGCUUCUUCUUCUUCUUCUCCAAAGAAACCAAUUCUUUCUCCACACUUGUUUGCUAUUUUCUUGGCAACAAUCAUAUUAUUACCAUCAAAUACACAUGCAUCUUUGAGAGAAUUCAAAUCCAUAAUUAGUUUCGGCGAUUCAUUGACCGACACCGGAAACCUCGCCCGACUCUUCCCAUCGAUCGCAGCCUCCGACCUCGGGAAUUUUUUACGCCUCCCGUAUGGCGAAACCUUCUUUCAUCGCCCCACCGGCCGGUGGAGCAAUGGCCGCCUCGCCAUCGACUUCAUUGCUCAAAAAUUUGGGCUUCCAUUUAUAAGGCCGUUUGUGGGAAGCUGCGCCGACGGCAAUGCCUCCGGCUGCGCUAACGAUGAUUUCCGGCACGGAGUAAAUUUUGCGGUGGCCGGAGCUACGGCAUUGGAUAAAGAUUUUUUCGAUACAUAUGGUGUGGAAAUUCCAUUUCCAUCUGCAUCUCUUGACAAUCAAUUGAAUUGGUUCGAGCAUCGAUUUUUGCCCGUUGUUUGUCCCGAACCUCAAGAUUGCAAAACAUAUAUCGAAAACACAUUGUUCUUCGUUGGAGAGAUCGGAGGGAACGACUACAAUUACGCUUUAAUUCAAGCCAACAAAACUCUCGAAGUGGCUCAAGAAUUCAUCCCUUAUGUCGUGAAAAUCAUCGCAUCAGCCGUUGUUGACCUAAUCAAGCUUGGAGCAAAAACCCUAAUUGUUCCGGGGAACUUCCCGAUCGGGUGUACUUCUAAAUACCUCACAGUAUACCAAUCUUCGAACAAAAGAGAUUACGAUCCAAAAACAGGUUGUCUGAAUUGGCUGAACGAGUUUUCACAACAGCAUAAUCGAGCUCUUCGAUCACAGCUUGGCUGCAUCCAAAAGAGAAACCCUAAUGUCGCCAUCAUUUAUGCAGACAAUUAUGGUGCUUCGAUGCGCCUCUAUCGCAACCCCAAAAAAUAUGGAUUUUCGAGAUUAGGAAGUCUUUAUGCAUGUUGUGGAGGGGAAGGUCCUUACAACAUUAGUUUAACAACGAAUUGCGGCAACCCGGGAUCUUACACAUGUCCGGAUCCGUCGAUGUACAUUUGUUGGGAUGGUUUGCAUUUUACGGAAGCGGCUAACAGACACAUAGCCAACAUUUUGGUCGAAGAAUCCUUUGAUGGUCCGACUCUCAUUGCUGAAGGACACCGUUGUUCUUCUGAUAUGUACACUGAUAUUUGAUGUACGUAUGUGAUAAUAAAUCAUGACAUAUAUGUAUCAAUAAUUAUGAUAUAUAUUAUGUGGACAACUACUCAAUAUAUUGUUCAUUUGCAAUAAAAUAUCUUUUGUGCUUA